GCGCCGUGCCGGCUGGGCCGGUGCGCAGGCGCGAAAGUGCCGGGCGGAAAGCGGAGCUCUGGCGCCCCCUGCUUGCCGCGGCGGGCUCAGCUCCGGCCUCCGCUCUCGCCGCGCCCGUAGGGCACGACCCUGACACGGCCGCCGUCCACUCACAGCAGUCCCGGACUAACGUGGGACACUGUAUGAAGACACUGUUUGUGUCUCCGUAGUGCUCAGGGAGCCCGUGGCGGGGCUGUGAGGGGAGGGUUAUGCGGGCAGUGCCGGAGCAGUGGAAGCGACUGUGGCAGCGGGAACCUGCCCCGCCGUUAACAGCUGGCUACUUAUCCCUCUCCAAGGCCACGGGGAAGAUUAUGCAGCACUUGGGGUCGAUAACGCCACUGGGCAAAAGGCACGAUCUCCUCACAGCAUCGAGAAAGGCGGUGGAACGCGCCUUCCCCGGCACCAGCAGUCAGAAGGGCUGAUCUGCUGAGGAGCACCGGGUGGAAUCCGGGCAAGCGGAUACUGAUAGAGCCGCAGUACUAGAGUCCGGCUCCUGCCCGGCCUUGCGGCCGUACCGGCUGACACGGGGCCCGGGGGCCCGCCCACCAGCCGCUGAUUGGCUAUCCGAAACGACAUUCAAAGCAGUUCCUUUUCUGAUUGGUUUAAUGUGCCCCGCAGUGCAUUAUGUGAGUUGUGGUUCGGUUCUCUCCCGGUCGUUGUGGCGCUGUGCGAGCACGUACUACACUUCCCGUAAAGCUUUGCAGGGAGAGCGCAGCUGCGUUUCUCGGGGUCCGCUUAUCCGGGUCCUCAAGAGGUUCAGCCAGUCAGCGCGCGUCAAGGGCGUGCGCCCGGCGCUGAUUGGUGGGUUCGGACGGCCGAGCCCUGUUUGAAAUCCGUUAACGGCGGUGGCGGAGGCGCCGCGCGGAGUGGCGGUGGCGCUCCUGAGGACUGUAGCAGUGCAGACAGACUUGUGGGGACAGUGUGACUGUGAAGAUGUCUAAGCCAGAAUCCCGUUAUUCUUUUGAUGUCCCAAACGUCUGCAUCGAUUUUGCAACUCUGAAUGAGGAUGAUGUACACAAUGCAGAUUCCUGGUUUGACCAAAAAGCCAAUCUGGAGAAUGUCCCUCCUGCAGAAAAUCUGGUCUCACCCUGCAACCCUGCCUUCUCAAAGCCUGAUGUUAUUCUGUCUUCUGUCCCAUCACAAGAAGUAGCGAUGAGUAAAAGUGGUGAUGAAGCAGAAUGUGCCCAGGGUAAUGCAGUCCCUGAGAAUAUCGUUGGGUCCCUAGCAACCUGGAGAGCUGCUGCCCCUGCAGAGGCCCCUCAGAGACCAGGUAGGAGACUGGCAAAACAGGGGAAGACCCAGCAGCACAAGCAGCCAGGCAGAAUCAAAGCAGAGAGAAUUGCUAAUGCCCUGGAAAAUAAGGAAGAUGUUCCACCCUUGAAGAAAAUGAGAAUUUCUGGUAGCAGAGAGAAGGUGACAGAGGCAUCCACAAAGAGAGAGCCCCUGCAAGAUCCUGACCUCUCUCCAGGGAAAGGGAAAAGCAAACUGACUAUGCCCUCCACGCCGACAAUGUUGAAGAGGACCAAACCUUCUAGCAAGCCAAAGAGUACAGAGGAGCAGGAGCUGGAAAAGAUGCAGCAGUUGCAGCAGGAGGUUGUGGAGCUGCGAAAGAAGAAUGAGGAGUCUCUGAAAGUAGCUAUUGCUGGAGCAGGACAACCUGUGAAGAGACCUCCUUAUCAAACAACAAAGCCAGUUGAUUUCCACUUCUGCACGGAGAAUAGAAUUAAACAGAAUGUGGAAAGCCAGCCUGGGAAUGAGUACAAGGAGGUGGAUUUUGCAGCAAUACUGAGGAAGCAUCCCCCUUCUCCAGUGCGAAUGCCAAAGGGACGCACUGUCCCCAAACCUUUCAAUCUGUCCCAGGGAAACAAAAGAAAACUCGAAGAAGCCACAACAGAAUAUGUGUCCUUUGCUGAACAGGUAGAAGCAUUCCAAAAACGCACGCCCCCUCGUUAUCAUUUGAGGAGCAGGAAAUCUGAGGAAGGCUCAGUUUCAAAAAAGCCAGUGAAGGCUCGGCUCACACAAGCCAAAACACCAGUGCUGAGGACAAAGCAGCGCUUGAGACCUGUUACCUGCAAAACUGCUGCAGAGUUAGAAGCAGAGGAAGUAGAGAAAAUUCAACAGUACAAAUUUAAAGCACGAGAAGUCAAUCACAAAAUCUUUGAGAGUGGAGCACUCCUGCCUAAGAAACCCCCUGCAAAGGAGCUCACCCAUCCCAUUGGCUUUCAGUUGGAAAUAGAAAAAAGGAUUCAGGAGCGCGAGAGUAAGAAGCAGCAGGAGGAAGAGCGCUACGAAUUCCAUUCCAGGCCAUGUCCCACAAAAAUUCUGGAGGAUGUUGUGGGUGUUCCAGAGAAGAAAGCACUUCCUGUUACAGUCCCCAAGUCUCCAGCGUUCACUUUGAGAAGCAGAACCCGCAUGUCUAACAGAGAGGAAGAAAAGGAAAAAGAGGAGGUGGCUGUUAUCAAAGCUAAUCCUAUGCCACAUUAUGGAGUGCCCUUCAAACCCAAAUUGCCAGAGCAGAGGCAUGUGGUGGAAGUUUGCCCCUUCUCUUUUGAUGCCCGGGACAGAGAGCGACAAAUACAAAAAGAGAAAAAAAUAGAAGAACUACAGAAAGAAGAGGUGCCAAAGUUCAAAGCGCUGCCUCUGCCUUACUUUGAUGAAGUUAAACUGCCAGAAAAGAAGGUCAAAGCCCCAACUCAGCCUGAGCCGUUCCAUCUGCAGGUGGAUGAACGGGGAGCUGCCAAGCUCCAGAGCUGGAAACAGCAGCUUGAAGAAGACUUGAAGAGGCAGAAAGAGGCAGCAUGUUUUAAGGCUCGGCCCAACACAGUGAUGUACCAGGAGCCUUUUGUGCCCAAAAUAGAACAUAAGAUGCUCUCAGAGAGCCUUUCUGGUUCUGUAGUUCCUGAAAGCUUUGAGCUGGCAACAGAAAGAAGAGCAAAAGAACGGCAAGAAUUUGAAAAGCGAUUGGCAGAUGCAGAAGCCUUAAGGGAGAGGUAUGAGGAGCAGAUCAGGCAGCAACAAGAGGAGCGUGAAAAGGAAGAAAUUGCUAAGCUAAGGCAAGAGAUGGUUCACAAGGCAAACCCAAUACGCAGAUACCGCAGUGUGGAAGUGAAGUCCAGUGACCAACCACUGACUACGCCAGUGUCUCCCAAGUUCUCAGACAGAUUCCGAUGCUGAUGAGCAUCCAGGUGAUAACUGGAGGGAGAUCCUAUCCCUCUCCACUCCCUUGGUAGAGAGAGGGACCAAUUGUUUUGCUCAGUCUGAACUCCUGUGCUUGGUUUCAUUGUUGUACUGAGUAGUUAAACUACACCUGAGCCCAUGGCAUUUCAGCAGUGCCUCCUGGCUUUGCUGUGUAUCCAGACCCCAUCUUCUCUUGAGACUAAACCAAGUUUUGAUAUUGCAUACAGAUAUUGUGUACCUAACUAAAUAAAAAUUCCUAAUCUGCUUGCUGUCUCUGGAUAGUGGGCUGAAGCCCUCUCCUGCAGAAAAGUUUUUGGUAAAGACUGACUACACAGAUAUGUACAUCUGGCAGAGCUGUCUUGUGUUUGUACACUAAGUGCUAUUUUCACGUGUCUCUUUUUUAGCCUUUUAGUCUACAUUUAGCUUGAAUUGUGUUAAGUGAGGUUCCUUCAAGCCAGUGUAGUGCAGGUCUGGCCUUCUUUGUUUUGUAUUUAGAUGACCAAAAAUAUAAAUCUUGCCCACACUUGAAAGUAGUUCUUUGUGUAUAUUAGAGCAUUAAACCAUCUUGCUGUUUUAUA